AAAUGAGUAAAUUUUAUUAGGUAAUAAUAUUUACAUGAAAAAUGGAAAUUCGUGUCCUCUUUUGGAAGUUCAAUUAUUAUUUUAUUUAAAAACAGACUUUUUGUAAGUUGUAUCCUCUUUGGGAUAUUUUAAACUUUUUACCAACAUAACAUUGUGAAUGUGUCAUAGUGUUCUAAAUUUAAUUUAGUGUCUCUCUUUGUAUUUUUACACAAAUCUCAAAUAUUUUUAAAUAAUUUUUGCUAUUAAAUAAAAUGGAUCCUAUUGCCGUUUUGCAAAAUCGAAUUGAACAAUUGGAAGCUAAAUUAGGUAUGAAUGCAAGCACCCUUGAUGGUCAACAAGGAGACUCUGCUACCAUUAAUCUUCUUAAUGCUGCUCAAGCUAUUAACAAUGCUACCGCUGGCCACGAAAAGCUGUCAGAAGCUAGGGAUAUGGCAAGCGAACUAAAUAACUAUACUGAUCCAAAUCUUCUAGAAAAUAUGCAUCAAAAUAAUAUGCACAUGCAUGAGGUUGUUGCUGCUGAGCCCCUUAUUCAACAUCAUUGCCAUUGUAUGCACCGUUGUAAACAGGCAGCCCCUGUGUUAGAAUCUGAACCCAUUCAGCAGGUGCCACAGAUGCAAGCAGAUGUUAAUCAAAUGCAUGUGGGAGCUGCCGAAGUAAAAGCUGAGGCUGAUAUUGUCUCUCAUGGAAUUCAAGAGCUGGCUGAAACAUGUGGAGCUGCAGCCUCAAGUGCAUCGGAGCUAUUGGCGAAUGUUGCUCAGAAAGUGGAACAAAUGGAGCAGAAAAUGUUACCAAGGAGGAGAAAUGGCUUAGAUUAAAUUGUAUUAAAACUUCUUUAAAUGUCA